AUGGCUUAUUACAAGAAUACUUCUUUGCCUCUGUUGAACAAUAAAGGCAAACGCGUGUUUCAGAGGACUGAGCUGCGAAUCGCAAAGAAGAAGCAUGGUAUUCCGCCUCUGAUUGCUGAAGAUAUAGAGGACGACGAUGAAUUAGAUCUUUGUGCUGUUUGUGACAAACGGGAACCGCCCGUAAAGUCCGCCGACACCCUGGAAGCACCAAUCGACUGGCUCCAAUGUGACAACUGUCUCACGUGGGUUCAUCUGGUGUGCAUAAGCACACGAGAUUGUACCUGCUGUGGGGCAGGAUUCCUCGAAAUCGCGCAUUAUAGAGGCUCAGAUGAUAUAAUUCAAGAAGAUCAAGAGAACUAG